AGAAAUCGUGACCGACAGCGUUUAAAGCCCAGGCUGCCGCGUAUACUUCUGUUUUCUCGAUGGGUCCAAGGCUCUAAGCCGAGUCACUCUUUCAGUCAAUAUUGCCGCGAGGCUGCAUCAGUAGUAGUGGAGAAAUCGUAAAUGGAGGGUAACAAAUUUCAGCGUAUUUCUCAUCAGCAAUCAGAACCUACUCGGCGGGGUCUUCUUAAAUCGGAUUUGGCUGCAAAGGAUGGGGAGGGAGAGGCAGUAGUGAUAGGUGGUAUGGUGUUGGACAUAAAUGCCACCCCUUCUGUACCUGCCAAACCCAGGACUACUACCCCGGGAAAGGUCCGUUAUGCAUUAGGUGGUGUAGCAAGGAAUGUUGCUGAGUGCAUGUCCAAGCUUGGAACAAAGCCCUAUAUGAUAAGUGCUGUUGGACUUGACAUGGCAGGAAAUUUGCUGUUGGAACAAUGGAAAUCAGCUGAAUUAUCCACAGAAGGCAUCCAAAGGCAUCAAGAUAUUGAGACAGCUGUUGUGUGCAACAUCUUUGAUGGUAAAGGAGAGUUGGCUGCUGCUGUUGCUAGUGUGGAUGCAAUUGAGAAAUUUCUCACUCCUGAAUGGGUUUGGAAGUUCAGUUGGAAAAUACGUUCUUCUCCAGUGUUGAUGGUUGAUGCAAACUUAAGUUCUCCAACUUUGGAAGCAGCUUGUCAAUUGGCAGCAGAAUCCAAAACUCCAGUGUGGUUUGAGCCUGUAUCGGUUGCAAAAUCCAAACGAAUUGCUUCAGUUGCCAAGUAUGUGAGUUUUGCUUCACCUAAUGAAGAUGAGCUAAUAGCCAUGGCAAAUGCUCUGUCUUCAGCUGAUGUAUUUUCCCCAAUCAAGAGGGAGGAUAUCCAUAUCAAGCUUUCAGUGAGAUCAUUGUUUCAAAUGCUUAGGCCUGCAAUUCAGGUUUUGCUAGAGAAAGGUAUUAAAGUCAUAGUUGUAACUCUUGGAUCAGAUGGGGUAUUCUUGUGCUCUAGUGAAAAGCAUGAAUUUGACGGUCUCAACUUUAGGGAUGUAAAAUCUCAUUCUUUCAGCAGACAAUUGUAUGAAAUUGUAAAUUCAAGUUGCCACCGCAAUGGGAUUCUGAAUGUUACGAGGUCCAAAGGAAGCUUCUAUGCCUUACAUUUUCCAGCACUUUCUGCAUCUGUUGUGAGGCUUACUGGUGCUGGAGACUGUUUGGUUGGUGGAACAAUAGCGUCAUUAUGUGCUGGUUUAGAUGUCAUGCAAAGUGUGGCUGUUGGUAUUGCGUCUGCAAAAGCUGCUGUUGAGGCAGAUAGCAAUGUACCUGCAAAGCAUUGUUUGACCAAUAUUGCAGAUGGUGCGAGAUUGGCGUAUUUUGGUGCCAGACCUGUGUUCUGCCCAUCAACGUUGAUGUAUCCCAUCCGUAAACUUCUGAUUGCAUGUGAUGCAUCUCAUCGGUCCUCGGUUGAAAUGUUCAAUGCUGGGAAAAGAUUCUGUGCCAAAUCCAAUUUGCCUUCUCUACAACAAGCCGCCACCAUUGCAUUCUUGGAAACCAAGUCAACCGCCGAGGAACUGCCUCUCUCAAACACCGUCCAAGCAUCAGGAAAGCUCCCAGAUUUCGAGUACAUGUCAAUGAGAGAGCUGACAGCAAACCCACUCAAAUCAUUAGCUGCCCUUCUAAUGGCUAUGUUCGGAUCAAACAUGGCCGGCGAGGUUGGGUUGCGGUUACUUCUCUGUCCCCUUGGUUCUAAUGUUGUCACCCGAACAGCGUGCUGUUCUGUUGGAAUGGUUUUGCCUGUUUACUCUACUUUUAAAGCAAUUGAAACAAGGGAUCAAAAUGAGCAGCAGAAGUGGCUAUUGUACUGGGCAGCUUAUGGAUCUUUUAGUAUUGUUGAGAUGUUCACAGAUAAAUUUCUCUACUGGUUUCCUCUCUAUUAUCAGAUGAAGUUUGCAUUUCUUGUUUGGCUUCAGCUUCCUUCUGUUGAGGGUGCAAGGCAAUUGUAUGUGCAUCAUCUGCGCCCAUUCCUUGUCAGGCAUCAAGCUAGACUUGAUCAAAUUGUAGGAUGCUUGUAUGGUGAAAUGGCUAAAUUCGUCAGUGCCCAUCAAGCAGAAUUCCAAUUUGCUAAGACACUUCUUAGAAGGAUAUUACUAUCAGCUCGGGAUAUCAUUCGCCCCGGGCAACAAAUCAAUGGUGCAGUUGAAGGUCCAAGAGAGCAUGUAGAGACUUCAGAAUCAGAAGACGAGGAAUAAUGAUGAAGUAAUGUUUCGGCUCCCUCAAAGCACACAAAAACUAUUGUUGAUUGUGUUCGGAUCCAUUGCGUUUUUAAGCUCCUGAUAGCCUGGGGCACACUAGUAUUAGGGCGUUUCAAAGUUCAAACCAUGUUCGCGAAGAGUUGGGACUCUGGAGCUGACUUUUUUCCCGCCAGAGAAAUGUAUAUCUAGUUGCUUUGCAGUAUUUGGUCUUUCCGUGGCGCGUCUGUAAAUUGGUCGUUUAGAUGUUGUAUAUACUACGGAUAACAAACGCAGAUAUAUUUAUGGAAAUACGCCGCCCGAUACGUACUUGUAAAUCGUUGACGGGAAAGAAGCUACUUGUCGCUUAUUUGUGCAGA